CCGCUGACCACGGUCGUCAGCCGUGAGCCGCGCAGUAACACGCAAUGGCGGUCACCAUGGUUGACGUCGUUACUUACCGCAUGUUUUGGUGAUAUCGUUCAAUAAUGGAACAGAAUCGUCUCGCUGGUCUUUGAUUUCAAGGGAAUUCGCUUCCGGACGUGGGCCGGGCACAGGUUUCGUGAAGAGGGUACGCCGGGACGUCCUGCCGGACGUUUGGUAGGCGAGGAAGUAGGUUAGAUUUCUGGCCGAGCGACUGUCGUUUCUCGCCAACCAAGCGAGUGACAUGUCAGAUCGUUCGUCGCAGGUUUGCAAGGUGAGACUUCACACCACUUCACGCCUGUCACGUUCUUAACGCUCGAAUGAAAAAUGUCGAGCGAGAACAAAGGUUCUCGCGGAGUGCCACCUCGCUGGCUCGACUGUCCGCGCAAGGCGAUGAGGCUGAUCCAGGGCAAGUUCCUGGCCUUCAAGACGCCCCUGUCCUCGGCCUACGAUAGCCAGGUGCCCGAGGCGUGUCGCUUUACCCUGGACAUGCUUUUUGACUACCUGAAAAGUCAAAAAUUGAAGAUGGGCCUGUGGAUAGACCUGACCAACACAUCGAGGUUUUACAAUAAAGACAGCAUAGAGAAUUACGAUUGUAGGUACGUGAAGCUGCAAUGCCGCGGCCACGGCGAGACCCCGUCCGAGGAGCAGACCCGCGCCUUCGUGCAGCUUUGCAACAAUUUUAUUGCUCACAAUCCACUGGAAAUUAUCGGCGUGCACUGCACGCAUGGUUUCAAUAGGACUGGUUUUCUCAUAAUCAGUUACCUGGUGGAGAUGGACGGGACUAGUGUUGACGCGGGCCUGGCGGAAUUUGCCACCGCGCGACCACCUGGAAUUUACAAAGGCGAUUAUAUAAAAGAACUAUACAAACGAUAUGAUGAUAUGGACGAUGCGCCACCACCACCCGCGAGACCAGCGUGGUGUUUGGAAUACGACGAGGCCAAUAUCCCUGACACUGACGAAGGACCGAGCACGGAGAACGAGAAUUGCCAGGAGGAGAAGGGCAGCAAGAAAAGAAGACGCGAAAAUACUUUUAAUAAAAAUCCAGUAUUUAUGGCUGGUAUACCUGGCGUUACUCCAAUUUUAGAAAAAAAGAAACUGUUUGGAAUCCAGAGGCGAGUCCAAGAGAUCUGUGGAUGGGAGAAGACAGGAUUUCCCGGUUCUCAGCCUGUAUCCAUGGAUUGCGAAAAUAUAAUGCUGUUACACACAAAGCCAUAUAGAGUAUCUUGGAAAGCCGAUGGCACAAGAUACAUGAUGUUAGUACAAGGUGAUGGAGAAAUAUUUUUUAUAGAUAGGGACAACAGUGUCUUUGAGGUAAAUGGUUUGAAAUUUCCACAUGUACGAGAAAACCGAUGUUUGAGAGAUACUCUAAUGGAUGGUGAAAUGGUGAUUGACAAAGACAGAGGCAAAGAUAUUCCUAGAUAUUUGGUAUACGACGUUAUUAUGUAUGAUGGGCAAGAUGUUAGUAAAUUACCAUUUGAUCCUGAUCGUUAUUCCAUUAUCGAGACAAAGAUAAUCGCCGGUAGGCUCAGAGCUAUGAAAGAAGGACGAUUAAUAAAGGAACGGGAGCCAUUUUCCGUGCGACUCAAGUAUUUUUGGGAUGUGACGCAGAGCAAGAGUCUGUUGGGCGAAAAAUUUGCGAAGCAACUCUCUCAUGAGCCAGAUGGUUUGAUAUUUCAACCCGCUAAGGAGAAGUACUGUACGGGAGUUUCCACAGAGGUUUUGAAGUGGAAGCCAUUGUCGUUGAACUCCGUAGAUUUUAAACUGAGGAUUGUCACGGAAUCUGGCGUGGGGAUUGUGCCGCGAAAGAUUGGUCAUCUUUACGUGGGAGGAUUGAAUACGCCAUAUGGCACACUCAAAAUCACCAAGCAGAUAAGAGAUAUGGACAACGCGAUUGUCGAGUGUAAAUUCGAAAAUGGUCAAUGGGUCUUCAUGCGACAACGAAUAGACAAAUCUUAUCCAAAUUCAAUCUCAACUGCUGAGGCUGUAUGCAGGAGCAUCAAUAAGCCGGUUACGAAAGAGCGGCUGUUGGAUUAUAUCGAGAAAUACAGAUUUGCACGGGAUGACACGGACCUUAUGCCACCACCAAACAAAAAACCUAAACCUUGAAUGCGUUAUAUCUUAAUAUUAAUCAUAAAUAUGCCGCGACUUUUACAACGUGACGUUUUAAUAAUUGUCCAGGGAAUGAAGACUUAGUUCGAUCUAUAUUUAUUUAAUUAGAAUGUAGAAAUUUUAAUUUCAAGAAGGAUUUAAUUUUAGACGAUUGUAGUUUCGAUAAAAUUGAUUUUUAGGAAUUUUAAAUAGGUUUGAAGAUAAGAUAAAGAUAUUUGUUUGCUUAUUAUAGAAGACAAACAGCAUGAUCAUGUAAGAAUAAUGAACACUUAUUAUAAAUCCCAACGUUUAAUUUUGUGAUAAAUGUUCUUGAGUCAGAAUUAUCAUUAUCAAGAUAUUCAAUUUGUUUUCAUUGUAUAAUAUACAUAUUUUGAUCAAUUGAGAUUAUUGAAUAUAAUUGUUGAAUAAAAACAUUUUGUAAUAACA